ACGAAAAAACAAAAUAACAAAACAAAAAAACGUUUAGAAAAUCAAAUGUGACAAAGACAAAUACAAAGGAGGAAACAGAAGCAUGGAGAAUUCUCCUCGUUGUUUGGUUUCUCUUCUUUCAAUCAUACUCUUGUCUGGAUCCGCCUCGUCUCUCCACAUCUCUCUUGAUGAAUUUGAGUCACACCCAGCCACAAGCCGAGGUCUUCUUCAGGCAAAAACACCAUGCAAAGAAGAUUUUGCGAGCAAGAAUUACACAAUCAUAACGAAUAAAUGCAAAGGCCCAAAUUAUCCAGCCAAGGCAUGUUGCUCCGCCUUCAAGGACUUUGCUUGCCCAUUCGCGGAAGCUCUUAACGAUGAGAAGACAGAAUGUGCCUCCACAAUGUUCAGUUACAUCAAUAUAUAUGGUCGUUAUCCUCCGGGAAUAUUCGCAAACAUGUGCAAAGAAGGCAAAGAAGGGCUCGAUUGUACCGAUGUCAUGGCCGCCACAUCAUCUUCUUAUGCAGUGAUCCCUCUUGUCUCCACACACGCAUUGCUUUUCACCGUUCUCCUGUUUUGCCUCUUCUAAAGACUUUUCCUAUAUAUGUUACCGCAUGAGAUAUAUUACAUAUGAACAUUUCGUUGUUAAUUAGUUGGUGAGCCACCCCGUUAUUUUUUUUCAUGCAAAGUCAUUGAUGUACAUUUUUCGAUUUUGUUUAGGCUCUCGUGAACUAUUUGUUUUUCUUUUUGUU